AUGCUCCUGUACACAAGGCUUGCUGCCCCCAAAGUCCCCAGAAAGCGAUCACGGGCUGGUUGCAACUAUUGCAAAGACAAGAAGAAGAAGUGUGAUGAACUUCGGCCAACUUGUAGUAGAUGUCAGGAGCAUGGCGAGGAGUGUCGGUAUGAACCAGUCAAGCCGCGUCAGCGCCGCAACAUCGAGGUUUCCAACAAAAAAGUAUCAAAUGAAGAAUCCCCCCUACUUCCUGGGGAUUCCAAGAGCUGCGUGUCAGUCCAGACAACGCCAGAUCAUCAGCUGGCGUUGACGGGGACAUCAACCUCCCACGAAACAGACCACCCCGUUCCGUGGGACGGCUCUGAGUCCAUAUCAAAGGACUGUGGACGCGAUUCUCUGGGCCCCCUUGGCCAUGAUUCAUUACCUCUGUUGAGUAAUGGAACCCAACACCUACCUGGGAGCCUCCUUGUCCAUUCAAAGUCCAGUCACAACCCAUCCCUCCCCCUCACAGCGCCUGCAGCCACCCCGUCGCCGCUGUUCGAGUUUUGUGCACCUGCAUUUGAGGAGUUUUCCAACGACUACCAUCAUCGAGUCCUUGUGAACCAUUUUUGCAAUACCCUUUCCCAUCUGAUAGUUUUGAGAGAAGAUGAAGGAAACCCAUUCCAGCAACUUGUUCUUCCACUUGCGCACAACAGUCCGGCUGUUAAGAGUGCCAUUUACGCCCUCGCCAGCGCCCACUUGGAAGGAAACAGGGCUCAGAAGAUGGAGAACGACCAAAAGAGUAUUCAAUUUCACAAUGAAGCCAUUCGUAACCUGGCAAAUCUCAUAGGAAAGGGCAAUAAUGGAGACAAGAAUGAGUUGCUGGCAACCAUUAUUUUACUAGUGUACUACGAGGUGCUCGUACAAAGACGGCGUUCAAAUCUGGUCGAAGGUCAUUUAAAGGGGGCGAUGGCGAUCAUGCGGAAUGGACCGAGUAGAAAUGACCAGACCAGUUUGUUUUUAGACCGAGCGUUCCGAUUUUACGAUGUGAUUGCAGCUUUGUCAUCUGGUACGGCGCCAGUGUCGGAUCAUCCAAGCUGUGACAGUUUCACGGGGCUCCUUGAGCAGACCGACUCACAAGGCUCAUCAUCGCCACCUGUCAGCGUGGACGCGUUGCUCGGCCUCGCCACAUCUCUAUGGCCAGUCAUUCACAGACUAUCGGGUCUCCUUACUCUAAAGAACUGUAUGGAAGAAUCAGUAUCUCGUGGUGACUUGUCGGGUACUGCCGAUCUGCGUGCUAGAUUCGGCGCGGAAUGCGCCGCUGUUGAAUCUUCUCUCGAGGAAUGGCAGCCGAUGCUACCAGUAGUCUGUGAUCCCCAGACUAAUCUUGAACAAUCAACCGCCAGUUUUGGGGCGAGAAUGAGUCAGUUUCAAAGCAUUUUCAAUACGGCCUUGGCCUACAGGCACUCGGCUCUGGUGUACCUGCAUCGAACCAUUUAUGAUUCUCCUAGAGGUGACCCAACGGUGCAGCGCCAUACCUCCAUCAGCCUCGUGCACUGUGAGGCGACGGUGAGACACGAAGGACCUAUGGGUGCACUGCUAUGGCCCUUGUUUGUUGCGUCCUGUGAGGCUGUUGAACCAACAGAUAGAGAUUUGGCCAGCAAAGCUUUUAGGGGCAUUGGCCAAAGGCAGGGAAUGACAAAUAUCGACAGAGCUUGGGAGGUGGUGCAAGAAGUCUGGAACCGGGCGGAUGAGAUCGAUGACCACAGCCCAGAGGCGAUCAUCACUCCAGGGCAGGGUAAGAAGGAUCUAUGGAGAAGAGUGAGCGAGGACAUGGGAAUGACCAUCGUUUUUGGAUAA